AUGCGUGCAAGGUUUGUUCUAUACUGCGUGUUGGGGCUUCCGCGUGGGAAACCACUUACUAUUGCGUCGAGUGCUCGCUCGCAAAAGAGGAGACCAGUAAAGCAAGAGAAGAAGACGGCAAAGACGGCAGCAGUGAUGAGUCUGAGGGAGGGACUCGUGGCAAAAUCUACCUGUGUCAAAAAGUGCGUCAGCAUGAUCCCGACGGUCCCAAGAAUUCAGCUACCUUCAGCCAAAUUUGGCAUGAUCUCUGGAGAGCUGGAGCCAACAUACCUCCCGGUGCCAAGAGUAUUCGUCUUCGAGCACCGCCAGGUACUCAGAGCGUCGCCAGAAGUGUGA